AUGCGACAAUGGCUACAGGUCUUUGCACGGCGAAGAGCUGCCAUAAGCACCCCUUCUGCCUCAAUAUGGGCCCCGUUCAAUAACUCCCGCGAUCUCCGCCGCCCCCUGCGGACCUUUGCAACAUCGCCUGUGCGCCUCGCCGCCCCGAGUGCUCCUCCAAGUGCGCUCGAGAAGCGGAUCGCGGCAAUCCCUAUCGAACGAUACCGCAAUUUCUGCAUCGUCGCACACGUCGACCAUGGCAAAAGCACGCUCAGCGACCGACUACUGGAGUUGACCGGGACGAUCGAACCGGGCUCGAAUAAGCAAGUCCUGGACAAGCUCGAUGUGGAACGAGAACGAGGUAUCACAGUCAAAGCGCAGACAUGUUCGAUGAUAUACAACUACAAGGGGGAGGACUAUCUGUUGCAUCUCGUUGAUACACCGGGGCAUGUGGAUUUCCGAGCCGAAGUAUCGCGCAGCUAUGCCAGCUGUGGUGGUGCUCUGUUGCUCGUCGAUGCCAGCCAGGGCAUUCAAGCUCAGACGGUCGCCAACUUCUACCUGGCUUUCGCCCAGGGCUUGACGUUGAUCCCCGUGAUCAACAAGGUGGAUCUACCGCACGCCGAUGCUCCGAGGGCGUUGGAGCAGAUGCGUGAAACGUUCGAGCUGGACCCAGACAGUGCGGUUCUGGUGUCCGCAAAGACUGGUUUGAACGUGGAGAGCAUACUACCGGCAGUCAUCGAGAGGAUUCCUGCGCCUGUUGGCGAUCAUGCCAAACCUUUACGCCUAUUCCUCGUGGACUCAUGGUAUUCCAGCUAUAAAGGGGUGAUCCUGCUCGUGCGGCUCUUCGACGGCGAACUUUGCGCGGGCGACCAGAUUGUGUCGUUCGCAACAGGACUGAAGUAUACCGUGGGAGAAGUGGGAAUCAUGUACCCAGACCCGACACCCCAGAAAGUCCUUCGCGCCGGACAGGUCGGAUAUGUGCAUUUCAACCCGGCGAUGAGGAAGAGCAGCGAAGCCAAGAUCGGAGACACAUACACGAAAGUAGGGUUUCAGCGGCAAGUCCAGCCGCUGCCGGGAUUCGAGGAGCCCAAGCCGAUGGUGUUCGUGGCCGCAUUCCCAGUGGAUCAAGGCGACUUUGAACAUCUCGAAGACAGCAUCAACCAGCUGCUUUUGAACGACCGCAGUGUGACGGUGCAGAAAGAGUCGUCGGAAGCUCUCGGUGCAGGCUUCCGUCUCGGGUUUCUGGGGACACUGCACUGCUCGGUGUUCGAAGACCGACUGCGCCAAGAACACGGGGCCAGCAUCAUCAUCACUCCCCCCACGGUGCCAUUCAAGGUCAUCUACAAGGACGGAAAGGAGGUCGUGGUGACGAACCCGGCCGAGUUUCCGGAUAGCGACGAGACACGGCGCAACGUGGCGGAACUGCGCGAGCCAUAUGUGAUGACCACCCUGACCUUCCCCGACGAGUAUCUCGGCAAAGUCAUGGAGCUGUGCGAGGCCAACCGCGGCGAGCAGAAGUCCAUGGAGUACUUCACCUCGUCACAGGUCAUUCUCAAGUACGAGCUGCCGCUGGCACAGCUGGUCGACGACUUCUUCGGCAAACUGAAGUCAUCCACGAAAGGAUACGCCACGCUGGACUACGAAGAGGCCGACUGGCGCGCCAGCAACAUCGUCAAGCUGCAGCUGCUGGUCAACAAGGUGCCCGUUGACGCCAUCUCGCGCGUCCUGCAUCAAUCCCAGGUCCGCCACGUCGGCAAGCAGUGGGUCGAGAAGUUCAAGGAACAUGUCGACCGCCAGAUGUUCGAGAUCGUCAUCCAGGCCGCCGCCGGCAAGCAGGUCGUGGCUCGAGCCACUAUUAAGCCUUUCCGCAAGGAUGUCACGGCGAAAUUGCAUGCCGCUGAUGUCUCGCGCCGGAGGAAGUUGUUGGAGAAGCAGAAAGAGGGCCGCAAGAAAUUGAAGGCGGUCGGGAAUGUCAUUAUUGAGCACACUGCCUUCCAGGCAUUUCUGGCCAAAUGA